UAGAUAGAUAGAAAAACACAGCAGCCGCCCCCCCUCCUCUAUCCCCUGUUACAUCCUCUUUUUUUCUCCUCCCCUAUUCACUCUGACUCCUCCCAUCUCCCCUGAUAUCUCCACCUUCUUUUGGCCCUUGGCACCUCCCCUCCUACCCACCCACUUCUCUCCCUCACAGCCACAUCUAAGGACAUGCCUCAUUCACUCCUGCUGCACAGGUUGUAAGGGAGGGGAAUCAGAGAAGGAGUGAGAGAAAGAGAGAGAGAGAGAUACAGAGAGAGAGAGAACCAGAGAGGUAGAGGAGAAUAUAAGCAACUGCUGAAGAGAGAAAGAAGGACAGGAGGUGAAAAAGAAAGAGAGUCUUUCCAGUUUGGGGUUUUUGCUGAGAGAAGAAGAGGGUGUCAGGGUGUGAAGGAGUGAGGCAGGAGAAGGUUGGACAAGUCUUCAGGAGUUGGGACUAACCAGCAGUGGGAGGUUCCUCCAGGAAGUUUAUAGUGAUCUUCGGCAGUAACUACCUCCUGUCCGCUGGGAGUCAGACCCCCAGGAUCCAGAGCCAUGGAGCCCUCCGUCACGACCGAGGUCGAGGGGGAGCCCAAGGAGAGGAAGAAGAUCCAAUUUGCUGUUCCUUCCAAUGCACCCCCCAACCUGGACCCUCGGCAAGUUGAGAUGAUCCGACGCAGGAGGCCAACACCUGCCACGCUGUUUAGAGUAGCUGACCAAUCAUCUCCUGAUGAUGAUCAGUCCACCCAUCAGGUAAAGUGGGUCGUAGGAGAGAACGGAGUGCUCAAACCAAAACGUGUCAACCCAAACGUGUACCAGCCUCCAUCACUCAAAGCUGUGCAGAAGAUGGCUGAAGCACACAUGCAGAACCUAGGUGUCUACCCUCCUUUGGAAGACCCUUGUGAAGGGGAGGAGGAUGAGGACUACAGGCAGGGAGAGGAGGGAGAGGACACAUCUCCCACCAAAGCUGCUGAUCACCACGAGACAGCCACCACCGACCAAUCAGACAAGCUUUCCAGCGUGAGGGAGACGGUCAAGCAGAUCCAAGCAGCACAGGAGGAAGAGGAGGAGGAGGAAGAGGGGGAAGGCAAAAUCAGGGAAACGACAGAGGAGAACAGUCGGGGGAGUAACUGAGAGAAAGAAAGAAAGAAAGAAAGACAGAGAGAGAGAGUGAGUGAAAGAGAGAGAGAGAGGCAAACAUUUGAAGGAAGGAUUGGGGAGAGUGAAGGAGUUUUGUUGUUUAAAAAAAAAAAAGGUUAAAAUCUGAAGAACUCAAACAAGCUGAAGAAAAGGAUGUGCUGUUUAGUGGAUGUCUGAGAGCUGUGGGUGGAGAUUAAAAAUGAGUAACUGAGUGAAAUGAAACAGGGAAAGUGAGUUUGUGUUUAAGGAGUUGGCUCCUUAUGAGGAGGUGAGGAAAGAUCUACUUACAGAGCAGACUACAGACGCCACUUUGGCCCUAAUGUCCCCUUCUUUAUAAUGAGUGUGGAGAGGACAAGGUCAGCAUGACCAAAUACCCUGAAAGACCAGUCCUCCUUCUACCUUAAUGCUUCUGCACAGAGCUAAAUGUUCCUUUUUAAAGAGGGUAAUGAUUACUACAACUAACACAAAAUCUCACAUGCAUUUAAAUGUUCUUGGGUACAUUUUCUAACAAAGGAUUGUCUCUCAUAUGUCCCUUUUAAAAGUACUUGAAAGUCCAUCAAUCUGUGUUGCGGUCAGUGUUCCACUUCAUCUUGAAACCAUGGCCUGCAUCCUCUGAUUCGCAGCAUAUUUUUUAAUGUGUGUUCCUUUAAUUAAAUGUGCUUUUACUGCCAUCUUGUGGCAGAAAGGAGGAAGUUUAAAGUGAUAUUCCAGCCAAAAUCUACUUUUUUUAAGUUCAUGAGAAACUUUAAUUUAAAGUUAAUUAAAAAUACAUUUCAAUAGUGACUCGUUUUCAAGGUUUAAACGAAUUUUGAAAUGCCUGUGGAAACAUUUCAAAUAAUUGCUGCAUUAUUAUCCACUUAAUUUCUGCCCAUCUAUAUGUUUAGGAGUAUUUUUGAGUCAGUCCGAGGUCAAUUAGCCUAUACUAAAAAGAUGGAUACCAAAUUAUUUAGGGAGUAUCACUUUAAGAAGCUCCAAAAGGUUUCUCUAAGGAGUGUGCACAGUGACUGUAUGUGUACAGUUAUUGCAUUUAAAUCAGUACUUUUCCUCAUUUGAGUAUUUUAAAAAUAAAUCUUUAAAGGGUGAAGCUACCUCUAAUUUUCUCAAAUUACCCAGCUAUUGCCCCGAUGCAUCACACCUUUGAUUCAACGUGAACCGACGCACUGUUCGGGAAUCAGUAAUUCAAUUUCAAAUCUUUUCCAAAUGCGGUCGACUUCUUUCUGAGUGUUUGCAGGCUCCCUUUUGUAUGUUAACACUUUUCUAUCAUCAUCUUUUUAAUUGUUCACUCAUGACUUGUAUGUGACGGAUCUGUUGUGAGAGCUAUUUUUCUAAGCUAAUGCUCAGUGUGUGAGUAGCUCAGCUGAUGUUUCUACUGUCUGUAUACAACCAUACUAAAAGAAACCUUCAAGUAGCAUUCAGCACCAGGAGCCUAAACCAGGCUCCGUGGUCAGUUUUUGACUGACAUUUGAGCAAAAUGAUCACUGUAUAAACUUUUGUCAGUCUUUUUACCACAGUUUAGAUGUUCACUUUGUCUCUCUCUGUUGGUGGAUGACAAGUCGAUGACUAUUUUAAAUGUUUUACUGUCUUGCUUCUCAAAUUGUCAGCCUUUGCCGAAUCUAACUUCCAAUUUAACUGAAGAUCCAGGAUCUGAUGUUGCAAGAAGGUUCCCAGUUGUGCCACAGGAUGAAUAAAUGUAUCAUCUGGGCUGCCGUCUGUAUAUAAAAUAAACUGUGUGAAACUUUUUUUUUUUAACCUCUGACCUGUUCAAAUUGUUGGAUGACUGGGUGAGCAGGUUGUGUGUGCUGAGGCUCUGCAGCCGAUGUUAUCCUCCCUCCUCCGCUCUCUGUCCACCUCCCCAUGGAAAGACAUGUACGAACUCUUAUUCUUAUCUGUCUUUACUUUACUUUUAUUUUUUCCCCAUUCUCUUGUUUCUAAAUGUGAUGUGGUUGUUUUAAAGUGAACAUCAAUAUAAUAUCAAAAUAAAUACCUUCCCCCUCCUUUCA